AUGUGGCGCGUUACUGCAAAGUUGUUGUGGGCGUUUGAAUUCGAGGAGAUCAAGGACAAGCCAUUGGAUGUCAACGCCUUCACAUCCUCAAACCUGAUGCGGCCUUUGCCAUACCAGGUGACAGUGAAGAUCAGGAGUGAGAGACAUCAUGAAGUCCUGCGCCAGGAGAUAAAAGGGUCUCUAGAGUUCCUCGCCCAAUAUGAGUAG